AAAGAAUAGCUCUGUUGAUCAUCCUCGCGAAUAUUUUUGUUCGUAUUUUUUAUUUUAUUUUUAGACUUCUACUUCACCUUUUUAUUCUGCUAUCAUGGAAAACAACGCAUUCCACUUUGUGAAUGAUAAUGAUGAUAAUAAUCUUGAAUCUUCAGACAUCAUUUUCUACGUUAUAGAUGAACUUGGCUUGACACCAAACAAUGAUGAAUCCUCCGUUGUAGAUAAUGACGAUGAGUCCUACAACAUGAGUUUACACAUAAUAGAUGAGAUUGAAUCGCAAGAACAACAACAACAACAACAACAACAACAACAACAACAACAACAACAACAACCACAACAACAACAAGCAUUUCAAGUUGUAGACGAUGUUGAACAAUCGACUGGCCGUUUUAACCUAAUCCAGCGAGCUGUUUCCUUUAAAAUUAACCCCGUUCCGGAGAACAUUCAUCCCGUGAAUUGGAUACGCAACGGAAUAACCUCAAUUGUUCAACAUUCAUUGGAGGGACUCAAUCCGGAGGAUCGCGUCGGUUUUUCGUUUUCUGGUAGUGAACUUGUUCGCGGUGAAGCCUGGGCACGCUUCAAACCAAGGCAUUCAGUGUCCGCUGAUGAGGUGCUCGAUUUGGUGCAAUCAGUAUACCAAUCUAAUUCGGCUGGUGUGAACACUGAAACUUUUCAGAUAAAAGUGACGGUUAUUAAGAUGCCGGUGGGUAUGGGGCGUGCCCAGAAAACAAAAUAUAAUAGUUUCGAAGAAGAAUGUGCUGCAAGAAGAGGUAUUAUUGUUAUAAAAAAUUCAGAUAAUCUUUGCCUGCCACGGGCACUUGUUGUGUUAAUCGCGAAACUGACCAGUGAUCCACAAUUCGUACAGGUUCGCCGGGACAUUGGACAAAUACAAGGAAUACGAGCUAUGGAACUGUGCCAGAGAGCGGGUGUUGAUAUUCCCGCAGAGGGUGCCGGGAUUCAGGAGUUGCAGGCAUUCCAAAGGGUUUUAUCCGAAUACAGAAUUACUGUGUUCAAGUACGGUGCCGGUGGACGAGAGGUGAUUUUUAAAGGACAAAGUGAAGGACCAACCCUUAAUUUGCUACUCCACAAAGAACAUUACAACGCGAUUGUAUCGUUAACCUCUGCGUUUUCCUGUGAUUACUACUGCGAAGAAUGUAAUCUUCCCUACAAUACACGCGUCAACCAUCGUUGCAAUGGGAUUUGUCCGUGCUGUCGUGAAUCACCACGGUGCGAGGCUGAGGAGAAAAUAGAGUGUGUGGAUUGUCAUCGUCACUUCAGGAGCCGGAAAUGUUUGGAAAAUCAUCUACGGAUUAAGAAGACAUCCAACGUGUGUGCCGACUUGCGAUUGUGUCAAAGGUGCUUUAAAACUGUCGAUGGAAAACGUAGGCAUGAAUGUGGUGAAAUUUUUUGUAAGAUCUGUAAAAAACACCAUCAGAUAAAUCAACAGUGUUAUAUUCAGCCAAACACAAAGGAACCCUGCCUUACUGAUUUAUUAUUCAUAUUUUACGAUUUGGAAACACGACAGGACACCAUUCAGACCGACGGCAGUGCAGUGCAUGAAACCACAUUGUGUGUGUUUAAAUUGUGUUGUUCCAACUGUUUAGAUACGGAAGUGGAAUUUUGUGAAAAAUGCGGCGUAAGGACCCACGUAAUUAUCAACAACCCUAUUGAAAAUUUUAUGAACUUUGUGUUGAAUCAAAGGAAAAUUUUCAAAAGAGUGACAGUGAUUGCACAUAACGGUCAAGCAUUCGACCAUCAGUUCAUCCUGAACUAUAUUCUCACCAAAACGGACAUCAAGCCAAACUUAAUUAUGCGGGGGACAAAAAUUAUUUUGGCUGAGGUGGGAAAUGUGCGAUUUUUGGACUCGCUAAAUUAUUUUCCAAUGGCUCUGGCAAAGUUACCUAAAGCUUUCGGCCUUGCUGGAAACUUUAAGAAGGGUUAUUUUCCACACUUGUUUAACACCCUGGAAAAUCAGCAAUACGUGGGUCCUUUACCAUCUGCUGAAUUUUACGGUCCGAAUCAGAUGAAGCCCGAGGACCGACAUACGUUUUUAAACUGGCAUCAAGAGCAUCAGAAUGAUGUUUUUAAUUUCCAGGAGGAAAUCGUGGCAUAUUGCAAGUCGGACGUUGAAAUACUAAUGAGAGCCUGUCUUUCAUUUAGGUCGAUGCUUCUUAACGAGUGUAAGGUUUGUCCAUUCACCGAAGCAACAACAAUAGCAUCAGCGUGUAAUAAGGUGUUUGCACGAAACUAUCUGGAAGCCGAUACAAUCGCCGUUAUUCCCCGUGGUGGUUACCGAUUGGCUGAUAAUCAAUCGGUUAUCGCUUUACAAUGGUUGUUGUGGGAGGAGAACGUACGAGGAAUCACCAUACACCACGCCGGUACAGGUCGAGAACACCUAGUAGGAGGAGGACUCAAAGUUGACGGUUUUAACGAGGAGCAGCGUCAGGUAUUCGAGUUUCACGGUUGUUACUUCCAUGGAUGCACCAGCUGUUUCAAAUUUCACCGAGACACAUCGAUUGGAGGAGGUAAAAUGGAUACCAUGCGAAAUCGUUACGAGGCCACCACCAUUAAAACGACUCGACUUCGCAACCUGGGAUUUGAAGUCAUCGAAAUGUGGGAAUGUAACUUCCGCGCAUUAUUAAAACAGAGUUGUGAAGUGCGUGAUUUUGUCGAAAACCAUCCCGUGUUGGCAACAACACCAUUGAAUCCUCGUGACGGUUUUUAUGGAGGUCGAACCGGAAACACUGUUACAUACUACAAAUGUAACGAGGGUGAGCGCAUCAAAUACAUCGAUGUAUGUUCGUUGUACCUUUUUGUGUGCAAGUACGGCCGAUUUCCUCUAGGACACCCCACAAUUUAUGUAGGAUCUGCAGCCCGGGACAUUGAUUUAUCCACCGUAGAUGGCAUGGUGAAAUGUAAAAUUUUACCACCCGCGCAGUUGUACCACCCCGUUCUCCCUGUCAGGAUGAAGGGAAAGUUAAUGUUCGCCCUUUGCAACAGCUGUGGUGAAAGUUCACAGCAGCGUGAGUGUUGCCAUACAGAGGAAGAACGAUUGUUCACAGGGACAUGGGUAAUUGCAGAAGUCGUGAAAGCAUUGGAAAAAGGCUACAGGAUUGUGGAAGUGUUUGAAGUGUGGACCUACGAAACGCGUCAAUACAACCAUGCGGCGGGUCAGCAGGGUUUAUUCACAGAAAUGAUGAAUAAAUUCAUCAAAAUUAAACAGGAAGCCUCCGGCUGGCCCGCGGAUUGCAUAAACGAUGUGGUGAAACAACAACAAUAUCUGGUGGAUUUUGAAGAAGCUGAAAAAGUGAAGCUAACACCGGAACGCAUCGAAAAUAACCCUGGUCUUCGAUCCCUCGCCAAAUUAAUGUUGAAUUCGUUCUGGGGAAAGUUUGGACAACGUGAAAACCAACCACAAACGACCAUCGUCAACGAUCCUCAGGAAUGCUUUGAUCUCCUUGCGCAUCCGUCGAAGAAUGUCAACAGUAUAACUCCUGUGAAUGAACAAACUGUUGUAAUCAACUGGGAGUACGCCGACGAGGCUGUGGAAUCUCUGCCUACUGUGAAUGUGGUAAUUGCAGCUUUUGUUACAGCACAGGCCCGUUUGAAGUUGUACGAAUAUCUAGAGAUGUUGGAUACACGAGUUUUAUACUACGACACCGAUUCCGUUAUCUAUGUGUCAAGCAGCCAUUUUCCAGAUCCCCCGACUGGAAAAUUCAUUGGGGACAUGACCGAUGAGCUGGAGGCUUACGGUAUCGGUUCCUACAUCACGGAAUUUGUUUCGGGCGGGCCGAAAAAUUACGCAUACUCGGUGUGGUCAACGACGAAGCAGUGUAUCGAACAUGUUUGUAAGGUGAAAGGGAUCGCCUUAACAUACAGUGCUUCUCGGCUGAUUAAUUUUGAGAAAAUUAAACAAAUGGUUCUAGAAAAAACAGAUCCCAUUCAUUUGACGUCGAUGAACUUUGUGCGGACAAAAGAUCAUCGUGUAGUAACCAAAGAGGAGACAAAGACCUACAGAACGAAUUCAACGAAGAGACUCUUCAUGGAUGACAACAGUUCUCGGCCAUUCGGGUACAAGGUCCCUAGGAACUAA